AUGAAGCACCGCACACUCCACCAGUUGAAGAGGGCGCUGGCGCCUUCAUCUGUCGCCCGCCUCUCCCUCCCUUUGACACGAUGCUACUCAACACAUCCCCCCAACGCCAAGCUAAAUCUCCCAAUUGACUAUGCAACGACGCCUCUCUUGGCCCAUAGUUCCCAUGCCGCGCUGAGCAGCAAAGAACUGCCCGAAGACGUCCGCAAUGGGACCACCAAGAAGAUGAACUUGUUCCAGGCCAUCAACGACGCCAUGAGCAUUGCCCUCUCCGAGGACGAAUCUGUCGUCAUAUUUGGUGAGGAUGUGGCCUUUGGAGGCGUCUUCCGUUGCACAAUGAGGCUCGCAGAGACGCACGGCGCCGAUCGGGUGUUCAACACGCCGCUCACAGAGCAGGGCAUCAUGGGCUUCGGUAUCGGACUUGCCGCUGAGGGCAUGCGGCCCAUUGCCGAGAUCCAAUUCGCCGACUACGUCUAUCCUGCGUUUGACCAGCUCGUCAACGAGGCGGCCAAGUUCCGGUACCGCGACGGAACAUGCGGACGGAGCGUUGGAGGCUUGACGGUGCGGAUGCCGUGUGGCGGUGUCGGCCACGGCGGACUCUACCACUCCCAAUCCCCAGAGAGUCUCUUCACCCACAUCCCAGGUUUGAGAGUCAUCAUGCCGCGCUCUCCUGCCCAGGCCAAGGGUCUCCUCUUGGCUGCAAUCCGCAGCAACGAUCCUUGUAUCUUUAUGGAGCCGAAGAUCCUCUACCGAGCGGCUGUCGAGCAAGUCCCUACUGCACCAUACGAACUGCCUCUGUCGAAGGCCGAAGUCCUCAAAGAAGGAAAAGACGUCACCAUUGUUUCAUAUGGUCAGCCGCUAUAUCUUUGCAUGUCUGCCAUUAAACAGGCGGAGCAAGACCUCGGCAUCUCGGUGGAGCUGAUCGACCUACGGACGGUCUAUCCCUGGGACAAACAGACGGUGCUUGAGAGUGUCCGCAAAACAGGCCGAGUCAUGGUCGUUCACGAAGCGAUGGUAAAUGCAGGCAUUGGCGCAGAGGUCGCGGCAGUGAUCCAGGAGGACCCAGAUACCUUCAUCCGACUGGAAGCGCCGGUUGCUCGCGUAGCUGGAUGGAGCAUCCAUAACCCAUUGCUCUAUGAGAAAUUCCACCUCCCAGAUGUUGCAAGAAUUUACGACAACAUAAAGCGAGUUUUGGAUUACUAG